AGGUGGAUCACAUCUUCGAGAAAAGCUUUCGUUCACCAUGAAGGUCCUGAUAUAUACCUUUGGAUGGUAUAGAAGAGGAACAAAUCUCCUAUUUAUCCCUCCAACGCUUCUCAAGGGUAUGAAAGAGGUUGCUCUGUUCGCUCUCGUUGUCCUGGUAGCCGUGGCUAACGCGGGCUACUUCGGCGGUGGCUACGGAGGCGGUCUCUACGGCGGAGGAUUGCGGGGCUACGGAGGCGGCCUCGGUCUCUACGGCGGAGGAUUGCGGGGCUACGGUGGAUACGGAGGCUAUGGUGGCUACGGCGGCUAUGGAGGAUACGGCGGCUAUGGCGGAUACGGUGGCUACAGACGGGGCUAUGGAGGCUUCUAUGGCUAAACCUGGCCAUCUGAAGGGAAGUUCCGCAGCAACGAUAAAUGUUCAUGAGGAGGCCGGACGUUGAGAAACUCAAAUCUCUCACUCAGCUGCAAUGACUUUCCUCUCUCGCAACACUCAUCGUGUAUCUUUCUGCGCCUCUUUCAGGAUUCGAAAUAAAGCACUUUCACGUGGA